UUGGAAAUGUUGACCUUACUUGACUCGCUGCAAACUUCCCAUUGGAUCCUGCUGUCUGCCGUCACAGUCCUCACGUCGUACUUGUGGCUCAGUCGACCCAAGAAGAGGCCCCUCCCUCCCAAUACGCCCCCUUUUCCCACUCCCCCGACCUUCCUCUUCGGCCACUUGACACAGCUCGCCGGCAAUAGCCGAGCGACGAUGCGGCAGUGGCGGGCAAUGGCCGGUGACGUCUACAGCCUGAACUUCAGAGGUCAGCACUACAUCGUCAUCAACGGAUACAAGACAUUCAAGGACGUCCUGGUCAAGCACGCGGACAAAGUCUCCGAUCCGCCGUCUUCGUUCCUCAACCGCAUUUUGAAAGAGAACAACAAGGGGAUCGCCGAGUCCAACGGCGAGAACUGGAAGGAGCAGAGGAACGUCUCGAUGUCCAUCCUGAAAUCUUUCGGGCUGGGGAAGAACCUUCUCGCGGAGAAGAUCCAGAACGAGGUGUCCAGCUACACGGACGAGCUCGCGAGCUACCAGGGGCGGGCAGUGGACGUGAGGAUCCUGACGACCGUCAGCAUCUCGAACAUCAUAUGCUCCAUCACCGUGGGCAGGAGGUUCACGCACGACGACCCUUACUUUGUCGGGCUCAUCAACCACAUGAGCCGCGUCACCAAGUACAUCGCCUGGCUGCCUCUUCUCACGUUCUUCCCGUUCCUCUACUACGUCCCCGGGGAUCUCUUCUACGCCAAAAGACUCGUGGCCAGCUUCAGGGAAAUCAACACCAUGUUCUCCCUCGCCCACAUCCACCAGAUCAAGGAAACCGCCGGCGGCGUCGAUCUCCAGAAGCCCGAGAACUUCAUCGCCGCGUACCUGGAGGAGAUGAAGAAACGGCAGCGGGCCGACGAGCCGACCCAGAUGGAUGAGGCCAACCUGGUGGCCGUCAUCCGGAAUCUGUUCAUCGCGGGCACGGACACCGCCAGCGCCAUAAUCCUGUGGUGCCUGCUGUACCUCCUUCACCACCCCGACAUCCAGAGCAGAGCCCAAGAGGAGAUCGUGGCCAGCGUCGGGAAAGGACGCGCCGUCUGCAUGGAGGACAAACCCAAACUGCCGUUUUUGAACGCCGUCAUCAUGGAGACCCAGCGCAUCUCGAGCAUCACACCGUUCGCUACGCCGAGAGCCGUGCGCACCGGGUUCGAAACUCUCGGCUACGCGUUCCCCGAAGGCAGCAUCGUCCUCCCCAACAUCGAUUCUGUCCUGCACGACGAGCAGGUCUGGGCGGACCCCAGCGUGUUCCGGCCGGACCGGUUCCUUGACGAGACUGGCGGCUUGAGGCAGCCGGAGGAGUUUAUCCCGUUUUCGAUUGGGAGGCGGGUCUGCCUCGGGGAAUCGAUGGCCAAGAUGGAACUUUUCUUGUUUCUCUCAGGGAUUCUCCAGCGGUUUCGGCUUGAAGCCGCCGAGCCGGGAGCGCUCCCGCCCCUUAAAGAAGUUUAUGGCGCCAUCUGUUGCCCUGAAUCUUUCAAAAUUAAAUUUGUUGAGAGAUGAACGCGAGGCAGGUGAAUCUGAGGCAAAAAAAAACAAAAAACCCAACAAAACAUUCCAACACCGAAGUAGUCGUACAUGAAUCUGAAGGUGAUCAGUUGCUACACACGAAGCUGAGCGAUCGAAAGUGAAAUCAAAAGAAACGCACGUGAUAGAAAUGAACAACGCACGCGCCUUUAGUGCAGGUUUUAUUAAAACUUAAUCGCCAGGGGCCGGGUCAGGGUCAUGUCAGCUG